AGAUUGCAUUAAAAAUGUUGGAUGUUCAGGUUUUCAUUCGAGUUACUCCUGGCACCAGUGAUAGGCACUGGGAGGUGGAGGAAGAUGGCCGUAGCCUCCGUCAGGUCCACACUGAAGGCGCCGAUGCAACGGUUCGCUCUUUUGAUAGAGUGUUCGACGGAAACACCAGAAACGUCGAAGUCUUCCGGUGCGCGAUGAUGCCUCUAAUUGAGGGAGUCUUCGAGGGAUCGAAUGGAACCCUCUUCGCAUAUGGGUACACCGCAACUGGAAAGACUCACACUCUCCUUGGGUGCGAGGAGGAUCCUGGGAUCUUCCGCUUGGCCAUCGCCAACAUCUUGGAAGGCGUUCAGAACGCGCAAAACCGCCAGUAUAUGGUCAGAGUCUCCAUUAUCGAGCUCUACAUGCAGAAGUUCUACGACCUACUGGUUGGCCGCGCCAACGCCCCUGGCAAUGGGCCUUUGAUGGUUUCUCAUGACGCAACUGGCGACUUCAACCUGCGGGGCCUCACAGAGGAAGUUGUCGCCAGCGAGCAACAGCUACUCUCACUGCUGCAAAGAACAGAGAUGAACCGUCAGGUGCGACCAACACCCAAGAAUGAGCGCAGCUCCAGGUCGCACGUCAUCUUCAGAAUCAGAGUAGAGUAUGUGGAGGCGGGUUCAUCUGAUAGCCACGUGGCUGCGACAGGGUCGCACCUCCUCAUUGUGGACCUGGCCGGGUCGGAGAAGAUGUCGAACCCUGGCGGCCAAAAGGACGAACUGUCGAAAGAAGGCAUACAGAUUAAGCAGGACCUCUUAGCUCUGAACAAAGUCAUUGGAGAGCUUAGUAGAGGAAGACCCGUCGCCACUUAUCGCGGCAACUCUUUGACGGAACUGCUGCGAGGCUCAUUAGAGGGCAACGUCCGACUAAGCAUCCUGUGCACAGUCGACGUCUCCUCUGCAAAUGAGACGAAAGAUACUCUAAGGUAUCUCCUAUGUAAUCAAAGUUUCAAAAUAUAUUUAACUAUUUGA